AUGCCGUCCGCUCUCGACUCGUCUACCUCUCCCAAAGAGGCUGUAGAGCAAUACAGGCCGAACCUCAUGAACCAAUCCCCCGCAGAAUUCAUGCGUCCCACUACGCGCACACGGGGCACCUCAAAUGCAAAAACUAACGGCGUCGGCGUUCAGGUCGAAGACACGCGGAUAUGUGUUGUCAUGGUCGGCCUACCCGCGAGGGGAAAGAGCUUGAUUGCACAAAAAGUGGUUCGCUACCUUGGCUGGCUGAGCAUUACCGCAAAAUGCUUCAACGUGGGCAACUACAGACGUACAGCAACGCCGCAACCCAACGCCGCAUUCUUCGACACAUCCAAUAAAGAGGGAGAACGUCUAAGAAAAGCAGCAGCAGAAGCUGCUGUUGCAGACAUGGUCAAGUGGUUCAAGAAGCCGGACAACCUCAUCGCGAUUCUCGACGCUACAAAUAGCACCAAAGCUCGGAGACGAUGGAUUAAAGAGCGAUGUGAUGCUGAGGGCAUUGAAAGCUUAUUCGUGGAGAGCAAGUGUGACGACGAGGACAUCAUCAUGAGCAACAUACUCGAAGUCAAGACGACCAGCCCAGACUACCAAGGUCAAGACCCUGAAGAGGCGGCGAAGGACUUCAGAGAGCGCAUCAAGAUGUACGAGAGGGUGUAUGAGACACUAGACGAGGAUGAAGCAGACAUGACAUACUGCAAGAUCAUCGACGUUGGCGCACAGGUGAUUAUCAACAGGAUCCAAGACUACCUUCAAUCAAGGGUAGUCUACUAUCUCAUGAACCUGCACAUCAAGCCGCGGUCAAUCUGGAUCAGUCGGCACGGCGAAUCAAUGUACAAUCUUUCCGGACAAAUUGGUGGAGACGCAGAUUUAUCAACCCGCGGCGAGAUGUAUGCAAAAGCGCUUCCUGAUCUUGUGAAGCAAUCGGCGGGAGAUCUGCCAUUGACGGUAUGGACGUCGACGCUCAAGCGAACCGCUCAGACCGCGCGCUACCUACCCUACGAGAAGCUCAGUUGGAAGGCGCUGGAUGAGCUGGACUCAGGGGUCUGUGACGGACUGACCUACGCCGAGAUUGCACAAAAUUACCCCGAAGACUUCAAGGCACGAGACGACGACAAAUACAACUACCGCUACUUGGGUGGUGAAAGCUACCGAGACGUCGUCAUUCGACUGGAGCCCAUCAUCAUGGAAUUGGAGCGAUCAGAGAAUAUCCUUAUCGUGACGCACCAAGCCGUGCUACGAUGUAUCUACGCGUACUUCAUGGGAUCACCGCAGGACAAGUCCCCCUGGAUGGAGGUGCCGCUACACACCCUCAUCAAGCUCACUCCACGAGCGUACAAAACCGAGGAGGAGAGGAUGUUCGCCAACAUCCCUGCCGUCAGCACGUUCCGUGAAAAGGGGAGCAAAGCGCAGCAUCAAGAGACUGAGUCGUCGACUCGGCGCAACUCGCCCAUGAUAUCAGGCGAGGCAAAAGCAUGA